AUGGAGGAGGAGGAGGAUCGCGAUCGCGAUCGCCACUCCAUCUCGCGACUCGUCUCCCCCUUCGAGCUCAUCCGCAACUGCGACCUCCCUCCCCCGCAGAAGCUCUUCCCCGGCAUCGACGAUCCGGCGGCGUUGCCGGCGCUCGUGGGGCUCGGGGACGAGAAGCGGCGCCUCCGAUCUUACCCCGCGGCGGGCGGCGGCGGCGGCGGCGGGGAGGUGGAGCUGCUCAGGGCGCUGCGGCUGUCGCAGACGCGGGCGAGGGAGGCGGAGAAGCGGGGCGCGGCGGCGGCGGCCGAGCGGGACGCGGUCGCGCGGGCCUUGAUCGGGGAGGCCGCGAGGUCGUCGGCGUACCGGCGGUGGGUGCGGGUGCUCGAGCUCGAGGUGGCGGCGCUGAAGUCGAAGACGAGACGGCGGCCGGACGGUGAGCUCCUCCGCCGCCGCCGCGAGAGGUGCGGCGGAUCGGCGGAGGAGGGAGAUUCCGACGAGGAGGAGGAGGAGGAGCGAGGCGCUUCCAUGGCGUGGAUGGUGGCUUUGGCCAUUCCCCUGGGGAUUGCUGGCAUAGGAUUCGCUUUGGCUUGUAGAUAUCUAAUUUAA